UUAAUUAGUUUUAAUGUGAAUUUGUGAUCAAAAAAAAAAAAUCAAAGAUGAAAAGAAGAAGGUUCUCUAAAGUGUUUUCAAUAACAAAUUACGUAUACAUCAACAGAUGUAAAGAAAUAGAGAGGGAUGGAGGAGUAAAAUGACGAAACACUUGGCAAUGAAUAGUAGUCGAUAGUGUGUCGGCAACAUCUUCCAAAUUUUGCACUUACUACCAUUUUCCAGAGACCAAUUCAUUGCACAUAAUAUGAUGUAAGAUCAACACUUAGUCCAAAUUCAGAAGUAUAAUCAAUGAAGUUUCAAACAUUUUUGCAAUACCAUAAAACUAAUAGUAGUAACCUGUCUUUCUCAUAUGACCACAAAAAAAAAACUCACAAACUACAAUAGCUUCAGCAGAUCAACAAAGCCACAAACUAAGCAGGGGCAUUCCCUUAAAAAAAGAAAUUUUCUCACCUUAUUGCUUUUGGGUUGGGACCAAAAAAAAUUUCAUCUUCCAUUUUCUAACUUUAUUUAUUUACCUCUUUUCAUUCAUCUCACCAAAGGGAGGGAAUAUGAUUGCAUAAUGUGCAAGCGCACUCAUGAAAAAUUCUUCUUCUUCUUCUUCUACUCUUCCAAAGCUAAAAACAACUCUGUGAAUCCCUGAAUUUUUCCAGUUGGCCUGGCCCUCCUGCAACCUCUUUUGUUUUUUUUUUUUCUUUUCAUCUUUUAUUUUCUUUUCACAAAAACCCAGAAAAAAAAAAAAACAAAACAAUAGAAUUCCCAAUAGAAAGAACCAAUCUUUUUUCUCCACUCUGCACUCUGCAUCUCUCAUCCUCCUCUUCUCUGAAGUAUCAAAGCUCACAGCCCCAUGAAAAGACCACUAUGGCUUUUGAUUUAAUCUAAGCAGACCGUUUACCAUUAAGGAAGCAUAAUCUGACAGUCUCAGAGGUAAAGAAAAUCAUCGUCAGCAGCGAUGUUGGAUCCUGCAAAUGAACUACUGCCGCCUCCGUCAUCUCCCACCAUUUCCUCCGUUUCUUCUUCUGAUUUCGACACUGAGUCUACAGGUUCAUUUUUCCAUGACCGGAGCACGACGCUUGGGACGUUGAUGGGCGUCACUUUCCCUGCAAUUACAUUCAGAGCACCGUCUCGCACUCAAUCUCAACACCGCCAAAUUCAGAUUCCCGACGCGGAAAACGCCUCCGGGAUCCACUGUAACCGGCGAAAUAAGAAGUCGAAGAAGCACAGGUCAGCGGUUGUGGGGGCGGAUGAGGAUGAAAGGAGGCGGCGGAGACGGUGGAGGUGGUGGGGUCUUUGCCGGGAUGAGUGCGAUUGUAGACCAUCGUCACUGGGGGAGUUCUUGGAGGUAGAACGGCGGUUCGGCGACGUAACUCUUUUCAGUAAUGCGGCGGCGGAGCUGGAAGGGGUCGGGGCAGCUGAUUUUCAUCAGUCGAAUAAUGGGCGGAUGUUGUUCGCCGACGGGAGGGUUUUGCCUCCGGCGGCGGCGGCGGAUGCAGAUGAACCGGAAUCCCCGGCCGGAGUUUUGUGUAGAUUCUCGGCGGUGUCGCUCAGUGGCAUCUGUAGUGGUGGCAGUGGCGGUGGUGUUGGAUAGGAUCAAAUAUUUUUCUCCGUAUUUCAAUUUUCCUGUUUUUUAGAAAAAUGAAAAUAAUUUCUCAUUAUAAACAUUAAAGUGUUCUAUGAAACCCUUUUUUUUUGGGUUUAAUUAUUGUAAUUGGUUGGCAAUUCUUUGCUACUUUGGUCUUUAGGGGUGGGGAAAAAGUUUGGCUCUUUUUGCCAAUUUGCGCUACUUUUUUUUAACUAAGUGUUGGCAAUUGUCACUCUGUCAGCCAUUAGAAAUUGCAAUUCUAUCGAACUGAAAAAAUGAAAAUGACACAUUUGUGAAAAAGGAAAUGUUGGGAUUAUUUGGGCAAAUGUCAUGAUCAUGGUAUGUUUGGACAAAAAUCACAGUUAAUUUAGUCUAUAG